AUGGGAGAGCCGCCAUCUCAACUUCUCCUCGCGAGUGCUAACCAGAUCCGUACAUGCCCGCGGUGUCGGCAGGACUUUAUUGAUGCAUUCGGCAUGCCGGAACUGUGGUGGUCGGACUAUUGCAGGAAUUCCAACGGGUAUUUCGGCUGCGAGACGAGUGAUGCAAUGGCUUCUUCCGGAAUUAGCAUGUGGGCGUUCUUCGAGGUGAAACAAUUAGAGGAGGGAUUACGCUAUCGGUGGCACAAGAUCAACAUCUUUACGCGAUGGCUGCUAUCGACCAAGCAGACCAUUAUCCUCCUGUUCGAUUUGCAGCCGCCCAUGGUAGAGCGCCUACCAUGUCCGCUGUUGGACCCCGAAUCGGCCAACCUAGCGGAUCCAUUCUGGGCUUACGCUCGAAUAGCGGCCGAGGUUUUGCGCCUCGAGGACUCCGCCGUCAUGUCCAUACGCAACCAUGUCAGGAAGUUGGAGCUACAGAGGCAGCCGGCAGGAAAGCCGCAGCCCGACUACAGGUACCUGCACGACAUUGCGAGACACGCCAUCCACGUGUCUGAGACGCUCGACGUGGCCACGCAGACUAUGGGGCGCAUUGUGAUGCAGCACGAUAUCUUCAUGAAGUCGAUGUCUGACCAGGACAUUUCCCAGAAUACCCACUCCCGACUUCAAUUCUUUGAGAGUUUCAUCGAAAGUCUGCGGCAUCGCUCGGUAUCCAAUGAAAAGCGGCUGCUUAACGAGAUCCAGCUGGCCUAUAAUACCGUUGCCCAGUACGAUGCCGGCACCUCGGUCGAAAUCGGACGGUCUGCACAGUCGGACAGCGCCUCCAUGAAGACCAUCGCCUUCGUUACCCUCACCUUUUUACCUCCGACCUUCAUUUCCGCCAUCUUUAGCAUGUCGUUUUUUGAUUAUAGUGUCGACUCGGGCUGGACAGUAUCUAACAAGUUUUGGGUAUAUUGGGCGUUUGCCGUACCAACGACGGUCAUCACGGUUAUAUUGUGGUUUGUUAGCCGUGGUUCGUGA